ACUGCCUUUCCGGCCUUUCCUGCCUUGGGCGUACGUCAAGAUGGCGGCCUCCGUAUUGCGUUCGUUGCUGAGGCGCAUUCCUAGCUUUUCGCUCUUCAGAGGUGCCUACGGAGUUCAGGUUCCCCUCCAGACUCUUUGCACCAAAGGACCCCCUGAGGAAGAUUCUUUGUCCCCAGUUCCCAUAACCCCUUAUAAGAAUGAACCCUGGAAAUAUCUGGACUCAGAAGAAUACCAGAACCGCUAUGGCUCUCGCCCCGUCUGGGCUGACUACCGUAGAAACCACAAAGGUGGAAUACCCCCACAGCGGACUCGAAAGACAUGUAUUCGUAAAGAUAAAGUUGCUGGGAAUCCCUGCCCCAUCUGCCGGGAUCACAAGCUGCAUGUUGACUUUAGGAACGUGAAGCUCUUGGAACAGUUUGUCUGCGCCCACACAGGUAUCAUCUUUCAUGCUCCAUAUACAGGGGUCUGUAUGAAGCAACAUAAGAAGUUGACCCAGGCCAUCCAGAAAGCCAGAGAUCAUGGUCUCCUCAGUUACCACAUUCCUCAGGUUGAACCUCGGGACCUUGACUUCAGUACCUCUCAUGGAGCUGUGAGUGCUACUCCACCAGCCCCCACCCUCGUUGCAGGUGACCCCUGGUAUCCAUGGUAUGGCUGGAAACAGCCACCAGAGAGAGAGCUGUCCCGCCUUCGACGACUCUAUCAGGGACAUCUCCGAGAAGAGAGUGGUCCCCCACCUGAGUCAAUGCCUGAGGUGCUGCCCACAACCCCAGCUGAAGCCUCCUCCACUGAGCAGAAGCCCCAGAGUGCUCUGUAGGAGCUGUAGACUGGGAAGGAAUUAACAGUGCCUAGUGGGGCGCCUGGGUGGCUCAGUCGUCAAGCGUCUGCCUUCGGCUCAGGUUAUGAUCCCAGGGUCCUGGGACCGAGCCCUGCAUCGACCCCUGCAUUGGGCUCCCUGCUCGGCAGGAGGCCUGCUUCUCCCUCUCCCACUCCCCUUGCUUGUGUUCCUGCUCUCACUAUCUCUCUCUCUGUCAAUAAAUAAAUAAAAUCUUAAAAAAAAAGAGAUAGUGCCUAGGAAUUACAUGAUGGGAUUUCACUCUGAAGAGUUGUGUUUGUAUGUGGCCAAUGGCAGGCCCAGGGCCAGAGAGAAGUAAUGAUUGCUGAAGGGAAUAAAUGCUUCUGAGGCUUAGGGGAGGGCAGGACAGAUGUGUAUGGGAAACCCCAAACCCUGUAUGUUGUGAAUAGUAGACAGGCUAUAAACAUUCUGUACUUGCUUCAGGUUUCUGCUAACUUGGCUUUGCCACAAUAAAGCUGUAUCUCCUGUCUCUGG